GCCUCGUGCGGUCAACCGGAGGAAUCCACAUGUGAGCCUGGGUGGCACCCGCCCUUUACGUCACCGAGCUGCAGCCUCGAAGUGAAGACGUUCAACUUCUUCUGCCUCACUUUUGUCCUGACUCUCCCUCUGUGUGUGUGUGAGUGUGUGUGAAGUGUUACCUCGGUCCACAGCUGCGGGGAAAACAUGUUCUUCAACUCAGCACGGGAUAUUUCACAACUUGUAGUCUCCUGACCAACCACGGAAAGCACCUUCACCACAGAUUUGCCUCUAAAAUGGACCAGGACAACUUCAGCUGUCAUUGGUCAGAGUCCAUGGGCUUCUUCUACAACAACAGUGGUGCUGACGAUAAAUGGGACAAAACCCAGCUCAUCCUGGUGCAGGUAGUGGGCUCUCUCUUCUGCUGUUUCAUCCUGGUCUCCAAUGCCAUGGUCAUAGCUGCUGUCAUCACCAACAAGAGGUUUCACUACCCUUUCUACUAUCUUCUUGCCAACCUCGCCGCCUCAGACUUUCUGGCCGGCAUUGCAUACGUGUACCUCAUGUUUAAUACUGGCGAGGUGUCACGGAAACUCACAGUGAAACAAUACUUCAUCCGUCAAGGUCUUCUGGACGUCAGUCUCUCAGCCUCACUGGCUAACUUGCUGGUAAUAGCUCUGGAGCGCUACAUCUCUGUCAUGAACUGGAAAGUCCACAGCAACCUGACGAAGAGGAGGGUGACCCUGCUGAUUGUGCUGGUGUGGGCCAUCUCCAUCUUCAUGGGAGCGGUGCCGAGUCUGGGCUGGAACUGCAUCUGCAACCUGAAGGACUGCUCGAAGCUGGCUCCCAUUUUCAGCAAAAGCUAUCUGAUCUUCUGGUCUGUGUCCAACCUGGUGGUCUUCCUGGUGAUGGUAGUCAUCUACAUGAGGAUCUACACCUACGUCAAGAGGAAGACAUCAAUGCUCACGCCACACACCAGCGGCUCCAUCAACCGCAAGAGGACUCCCAUCAAGCUCAUCAAGACGGUCAUGGUUGUGCUUGGGGCCUUUGUGAUCUGCUGGACUCCCGGUCUGGUGGUUCUGCUCCUGGACGGCCUCAACUGUAAGGGAUGUAAUGUCAUGAAAUUAAAACGCUGGCUGCUGCUUCUCGCUGUACUCAACUCCGUCAUGAACCCCUGCAUCUACUCCUACAAGGACGAGGAAAUGUGGACAACCUUCAAGAACCUCCUGCGCUGCAUUGGUAACGGCACUCGACGGCAGCGAUCAACAAAGGCCAACACAAGGCCGCUCAGCUCUGCUCAGGACACGGGCAACAGUCUACCUCCGUCAGAUGAGACAAAACAUGAAGAUCUGGGAAUAAUCAAGACCUGAAACUUGAACUUCUGUCCUCUGACGGGGCGUAGUCUUCAAAGAUCCAGGUUAGACUUCACUUGAAAGAGAAACCAUUGUCUCCACUAAGUCUCAGGGGGCCCUUAUUGUCCUCAGAUUAAAAGACAAUCUUUAAGAAACACUUUCUUGAAGAGACACUGCAGGCCAGCUGCUCCAGAGUUGAGAUUGAGACAAGAGACCUUGAUGCACUGCUAAAACCCAAAUAGAUACUUUUUUCUUUCCAGGAUUUUACAGUUUCAAAACUCCCAUUCCUGUAUAAUGAGAGAUUCCUGUUACUGUUUCAUCCUGUUCUUUUUGUCUUUCUUUAUCACAUUCCUGUUGGUUAUUUUAACAGUUUUCCAAUGGCUGAAAAAAGACUCCAGUAUGAUGAACACAGUGGUACAUUUCUACUUUUACCUAUCAGAAGGGUAAAAAUCAUGCAAAGGGUGACUUUACUCUUUCCCUAAUAAAUAUGUGUACAUCUGAAUGAUCCUGUAGGUUUACUUCCCAUGUAUCUUUUGAGGAAGCAGUACUGUAAUGCAUAAUCUAGGUAAGAAAUGUAACAUGUUUAGAGUCAGGUACUAUGAAGCUGUAGGUUUGCUUGGGUAGGGGACAGUUUUAAAGGUUAUUUCCUGUUUUUAAACAAAAAAUUCUGUAAACUGCUGUACUAUAUUUAUCUACGUGUACAUCCUGUAAAAUACUUAGAAGAGGUGAAGUGAUGUCAACUGCAAUUUCACCACAUUUUUAAGGUCACGCCAUUCUCUGUUUUGUAAAGCAGAUUUGCCUCCAGGGAUAGAUAACAGACUCAGUCACUUUCUUGUCUCGUCUAUUGUCUUUCAUGAGCUCACAUCAACAAACGACAAUAACGUCCAACCUGCUGCACCUCGUGGAAGCAAACUUGUUCUCCCUGCAGCAUUUUAACAUAUCUGCUUCAGCACAUUGUAUAGCUGCUGUUGCUCUGACGAAACAUAAGUUGUUCACCUGAUUGUGACAUACUGAAUUCCUGGAGGCUCAGUACAUGCCGUGGACCAAAGGGGAAUAUGACUGAAUAGACUGUAGCUACCACACAUAAUUACCCCGCACCCACCAGGCUGCUCUGAUGACUCCAUUGCUAAAUCAUUGACAGGGUUCAAAUGACUCUUCUUUAACCUGCUGUACAGUAUUUAUGCCACUCCUGCUGUAAAGGAUAUGACAUCAUUAAAGCUGUUUUGUUUUUUUACAUCUGUGUAUAGGACUGAAUGGAAGAGUAACUGACUGUAACCACCACUCACUUGGCACUCACGUUAGCCAAAUCAACCCAUAAGAUUACCUGUAAAUCCUGUUUGAGCGGGUCAGUCUGUCUCCUGAAUUGAAAUGAAUGAACAACUAUCACUAAGUAAUAAUACCUGCUAAGUCUUAAAACCUCAAAUGACACCACAGUACAGACGUUAGCACACAAACAAACAAAAAUACUGAAAGGAUUAUCUCACACUCCUAUGGCAUGACUUGUACUGCAGUGAGUAGUUGAUGAAGUACCGUUGCUUGAGAUUUCUGGUGCUCAAGAGCUGCCACUUCAGGAUGAUUUACUCUGUUCAGGCUAAUUAGUGGGUGACCUUUAGUUUUCAUUCAGUUUGUGUUGUUGGCUAAAAAUCUGGAGAAACCCCAAAUUGACUCUUAAGUGGAAGGAGCAAGAUCCUCCUCUGAAUUGGAAGCACUUUCAUCAGUAAAAAUAACCACAUAAAAGGAUUAUAAAUCUGGUUUAGUAGUGUUUUGUGAUUAGCUGACACUAUUUGACCUGUAAACGUCACCUAUCUGAAAAUGUUCAUCAACAUCUGGAAAAUGGGACGAGUACACGUGAACACUGGAGUAUGUGUGGCAGAUUAUAAACUGCACUCGAAGUGCAUCUAGAUGUAAAUCACAGUCAUUUCUUUUAAAAGUGUGGUUUUUAUACUACAUAUGUAGCUCCUCUGUUCUUCCUAGAAAGCCUUUGAAUUCUGUUAAAGUUUCAAAUCUACCCUCUAAUUUACUUAAGUCAAUAUGCUUGAAAAGCGA